AUGCGGCGCGCGGAGCCGUACUUUAGAGGGCUCAUAAACGAGGACUUCGUGGUGCGGCGCGCGAACUACGAGGAUACUAAGGGGCGGUGCCCGCCGUACAUGAUCUACGUGGACCACGAGGCGCGCGACAUCUGCCUGGCAGUGCGCGGAUUAAAGAGCUCGCAGAUCAAGGAUUAUGAGAUCCUGCUGGACCAGAAGAAGGGCUCGGAGCGCCUGGACGGGGGGUUCGUGCACACGGGCAUGCUGAAAGCAGCGGCGUGGCUGUUGGACCAGGAAAUGCCCGUUCUCACCAUGCUCGCGCGCUGCCACCCCGCCUACACGCUCACGCUCACGGGCCACUCGCUGGGCAGCGGCGUGGUGGCCAUGGCGACGGUGAUUCUGCACGCGAGCAGGGAGCGCGUGGGGUUCAGCCUGCGCCGCCUGCGGUGCUUCUGCAUGGCGCCUGCUCGCUCCAUGUCGCUCAACCUCGCCAUUAAAUACGCUGACGUCAUCAACUCCGUCGUGCUGCAGGAUGACUUUCUGGCGCGCACAUCAGCACCUGUUCGAUCUGCACUUGCUGCUGGCUUCUGUCUGCCAUGCAUGCUACUAUACAAGUACCAGCAGGACGCACUCAUCUCCACCGCCGACAAGCUCAAGGACCCGCGCCGCCUCUACGCCCCUGGACGGCUCUUCCACGUGCUCUACCGCCCACAAGUCGGCAUGAAGCAAUACCCACACCCGGUGGUGAAGACAGCAGUGCCGGUGGAUCACCGGUUUGAGCGCGUGGUGCUGUCGCCCUCCAUCAUCUACGAUCACAUCAUCGGCCACAUCGAGGCCAAAUGCGCCCUCGCCCUCGCUGCAAUGGAAGCGGAGCAGCAGGAGCAGCAGACCCCUCCCGAGCAGCAGCGCAUGCAGCGCAGCUCCACGCUCAAGGAGCGGCGGGGGGAGCACCUAGAGGCGCUUGCGCGGGCCGUGUCUCUGCACGUGGCCCACGCUGCUGACCCCAGCAGCAUGCCGCACUUGCACUCUGAUGAACCAGAGGAGACGCAGGAUGAUAUGGGCGGGAGGGACGGGGAGGAGGGAGCGAACGAUGCAGAUGGAGUGGACAAGGGAGGAGGGGGGGCGGUGGAUGGGGAGAGGGGGGGAGAGUUGGGGGGGAGUGGAGCAGAGGCGGCCAUGGAGAGAGUGAAGGCGGAGGUAGAGAGGGUGAGGGCGGAGGUGGAGAAGGCAGCAGGGGUGGUGGCUGGCAAGUGGAGUGAGAUCGUGGAUGGCUUGGUGGCCAAGGCGGCUGAAGAGGUGACCAAGGUGGCUCCAGGGCUGGCAGAGGAUAAUGCCCAAGAAUGGCAAUAA